AUGGACCAUCACGAGGAAACAGGACUCACGCACAACCCGUGCUUGAGCUCCCUUAUCGUUGCUCUGAACGAGACGUGCGACGGGACGAGUUGGUACACGUCGACCAAGGAGCUACAGCGAGCGUCCUUGGAGUUCUGCAUCGCGUGCAGAAACUACCCGAUCAUGCACUUGAAAGUCGACCCACAAAUCCCACGCAAUCUGCUGGCCGCUGCAGAUGCGCCACCCCCACACCCGAAGCGGCUAUGUUGGACACGCGUGCCACGGCUAAGGGCGCGCAGCGUGACGUGGAACAUGAGGGCAGCAGCGGAAUUAGGAAAUCCAAUAUUCGCAAUCACGGACGUUGACUGCCUGGAGUUCGGCGGUACCUUCGAUGGCAGCCUUGAGGCUGUGACAUGGCCGCGACGGCUGAAAAUGAUCGAGUUCCUCUAUACUUCACCGUUCAACCAGCCUCUGGAACUUAUAAAAUGGCCAGAAUCUUUGCAGCACCUUGUUCUCGGAGGCGACUUUAACCAUUCCAUUAAUGAUGUCGAGUGGCCGCCAUCCUUGCACGAGCUAGGUUUCGGAUAUAGCUUCAACCAGCCGAUCGACCGGACCGGACUUCCGCCGCCCCUGCAGAAGAUAAGUUUUGCUAAAUAG